GUUCUCGUGUAUUACCCCUUUUUUUUUGAAAAGCAUGGGUUACUUCAGUACUUUUUACUCCAAUCUUCUCUGAUCUUCUUUCUCACAAUCAUGUUUAAACCCUCAUAAUCAUAAACCCUAACUUUCUGGGUGCGAAAAUUUUUCAAUCUGUUGGAGAAGCGCAUUUUGUUCCAAUCUCCUUUUUUUUCUUUUCUUUUCCUUUUCCUGCUUUCAAUCCAAGUUCAAAUGGGUUCGUCUAUUGUCCACAAACUCCUAAGAACCCAAUCUCAGUCAACCGCCGCAAGAAUCAUUCCUUUUAUUAACAAAUCAUUUCUUGGUCCGCCACCGUUGACAUCGCCGGCGCCAGAGAGUUCUGCAAGCACAACCCAUCAUCUCCCGAUUUCUCAGACUUCAGGGCUUCAAUUUCCUGUAUUGCCGUCGCCUGAAAAUGGGGAUCCAACUCCGAUCCAGUGUCUCAAUUCCAAGUACUUUCCCUGCUUUUCGUUUGAGUUUUUCCUGAAUCCGAAUCCCUCAAUUGGGUUGGUUGAUAAGAUUGAUAUGGACGGAGCUGUUUCGAGUGAGACGCCCACGAUUUGGGCGGAUAGUGUUAAGAAGAAGCGGAAAAGGAAGAUGAACAAGCACAAGUUACGGAAGCUGAGGAAGCGAAAUGCCAAGAAAACUUAGCUUUAGCAUCAUCCAGUUCGUUAUUGGGUUUCUCUCAUCAUGGUUUGGGACCUUCUCAUCAUCUUGGCACGUGCACUUUUCAUGCUGGGGUUACCUUUUGCGUUUGUGGGAAGAAGAAACAUUCCUCCUAUGCCAUUAAAAUAUUCAAUGUACCUACUGUGUUUAACAGAGGGGAAGGCACAAUUCCUUUUGCUUGUUCACCAGCCUCAACUGUAGUGAAAAGAGAACUUAUACUGCAUGCCUCUGUGACCAUUGUUCGCUUUUUCUUUUUCUUGUGUAUUCUCCUCUAGUAACAUUCGGUUGUUUGUCGAGUUUUUCUCUAUGUGAAUCUAUAGACAUGAAAUGGGAAAGGGGAAAUGGCAAUGGGGAAAGCUGAGAAAGAUAACACAGGUGAUGGAAAACGAAUUGACAUGGGAACGAGUUCACACAUGGUGAUGGUAGACAUUCUUUUUUCUUCCUAUGAUAAUGAUUGGGAUCCUGUAUUUGUAAGUUAGUGUGCUGUUUUUUUUUUUUCUCUUUUCUUCUCAUAUGGCUGCCAUAGCCGAGAGGGUCAAUGUUGUUUUAGCCGGAAUCCUCAACGUCAAUCACCCUACCCGCAGACAUAUCCCAUCGGCCCCCACCGGAAAAAUAAAGAAAUGAUGACUGUUGAGAUUAGAGGAUGUAAUCCCACUUAGACCCACAAUUGUGGACUUCUCUAGUGUCGGGGCCUAACCCAUUCAAUCAACAACUCCAUUCCAAUGAUAAAUGUAUUUCAUUCAUCCUUCAAUUUUUC